CAUCGUUCUCGUGGAGUGUGCAGAGAGUGCGAUUCCGUUUCUCGCCGAUGCGCCCCGUGAAUUUCGAGAGGAAGCGGCAGGAACCGGAAGCGACACCGGAAUUGUACCGCCGCCGCGCGAUCUUCGGGUUUCGAGGCGCGAGCUGGUGAUUCCGUUUCGUCCUCGUGGCUCGCCUCCGGUAGUGUCUUCCGCGACGCAGGGAGUCUCGCGGCCGCGGGUCUCUCGCCGCAACAUGGGUUGCGAAUUGAGUAAACUGGCCACUUCGAAAUCGCGCAAUCAAGCCGGAAACGAUGGCUCGUCGCCACCGCCGCCGCCGGCCGCCACGGAUCCUCGACUUCCGCUCACAGCCCGGCAAAAAUUUACGGUUAUCGCCAGCUGGAAAGCGGUCGCCAGGGCGUUGGAGCCUACGGGCAUAUACAUGUUCAUAAGGUUGUUUGAGGACAACGCGGAAUUGUUAAACAUGUUCACAAAGUUUCGGGAUAUGAAGACGAAGGAACAACAGUCGUCGAGCAUGGAAUUGGCUGAGCACGCGAAGACGGUCAUGUCCACUCUUGACGAAGGGAUUAAGAGCCUGGAUGACAUGGACACGUUUCUGGCGUAUCUCCAUGAGGUCGGGGCUUCCCACACGAAGAUCCCCGGUUUCAAUCGGCAAUAUUUUUGGAAAAUCGAGAAACCGUUUCUGGAUGCGGUGGAACGUACGCUGGACGACCGAUACUCGGAGAACGUGGAGAACAUUUACAAGUUGACUAUCAAGUUCAUCAUCGAGACGCUGAUUGACGGCUUCGAUAAGGCACAGAGCGACAAAGCCAAGUCCUAGUCGUCCUAGUCCCGAGGAUCCGGCACGCACGCGAUCGCCCUCGAUCCUGCGAGACGUUGACCGCUCUCCCCGGCUUCGCUCGGCCCCCCGAUGCCUGGAAAAAGAAAGGAAAGAAGAAAGGACGAGAAACGGGAAAAAGCCAGCCGCCGAUUCGCGAAGACGACGAAGGGAUAAUCGUCGUCCUCGAUCCCGUGGAUCCUCGAGAAGCGCGCGAACACGCACGCGAGCGUGCGCGUCUCACAUGUGUCACCGUGUGUACGCGCGUCCGACGUUCGCUGGCCUGAGCUCUUCUUUCGCCCCCUCAAGAGGGGGUCACACCGUUUCAAACGACUCCGGAUAUUAAUAACGGCCCCGUCGAGUCGCAGUCCUCAAGGACUUCCUUACGAAAACGCGCCGAAACGCGAAACCAAACGAACCGUGUGCGCGACUCUCUCGUCGACGGUCGAAGGGUCCUCGACGAUCGCUGGAACUGAUGAUUCCUUUUCAGCCGAUUAAAUUUUUACGACACCACGUAUACGCAAAGCAUGAUUUCCAUCCGGACUAAGGCGGGAAAGUCUAAAGAGAGAUGUGUAAAGACGUCGACGGGAUAUUCAGGUACCGGGACGUCUUUUAGGCGUCCUCGCGACGUCGUUCUUAGCUAUAAGAUUUACGAGGUCCGUGUGCGUUUACCUAUAAUGAUGAAAAUGCAACGGGAUUGACGCGAGACAUACGCAGGUACGAAGCCCUUGAAAUUAUUACCUCGAUUUACGUCAAGAUUAUUGUCCCUGAGGAAAAAUGGAUCGAAUAAAAGUUUCGUGCUUUCAAAAUAUCUCGCAGUGCCCACUUUCUGAUGACUUCGCUUUAAUACUUUUAUACUUACGCAGGCUGACGAGGGAAUAUAUUUAUGUGAAAAGAGAAAGAUAUGUUUCCAUUAAAGAAAAGGAAGAAAAACAAAGUUCGCUCUUGAAUCUCUGAAACGCCUUCAUCUGAAAAAUUUCGUUCGAUCCAUCUUAUACCCUCUUUGAAACCGCGAAAUUUUUACUCAAUUCAUUUUUCUCCAGAGAUAAUAAUAUAUUGACGUAAAUCAAAGUAACAAUUUCAAGUGCCUGGGUGUGUUCAGCUUCUCACACUUAUAACAUCAGAAAUCGGACUUGACCGCCGGAUAAAGCGAUUUGAAUCCCUCUUUUUAUAUAAUUGAUUGACGAUCGUUUUCGUAAAUGUCGAUUAAUUCUGAUCGGAGUCCGACAGGUUCUUCGUAUCCUUCUGACGUUAGUUUCGGGAGGCAGCGAGAAGCGCGUUAAGCUGAGGUUAAAGUUUACCGGUGACGAUGAGAAGCGAUCCUUAAGCGCUGUAAUUUCAAGUUUAUCCGGAAUCUAGCGAGCGUAAUCGAUUGGGAUUUUACGGCGACGACGCCGAAGUACCCAUAGGGAAAGUUUACACGAGAGUAAUCGCAGUCGUACGCUUCAGGGCCUCGCUGUUUGGCGAUUUAUACGUUGUACUUUUUGUGAAAUAUUGCCCGUGAGUGGACAAACUAAAUACCGAUUCGUCGAGACAUCCGUCGAGUCGCAUGCUUCCGUGAGUUUAUUUGAUUUCCGCCGUGCGCCGUCGAGAAAAGAUACCUCAACUCGUUUCUUACUUACUUUUAUCGCUCUUUUGUUCCUUUGGCGAAAGUUCACGUUACAUCCCGCAUGGUUCCGCAAACAUACACGAUACAAUGGAAAUACGCCGGAGACUCGAGGUGGAAAAUGUUGUCAUUAAAAUUUAUUUCAUUCUCUUGGAAGAGAGAGAGAAACGUUUCUCCAAGGAUCUGAGUUUAAUAGAAACCUAUGAUUUUCUUCAUACCACGCGUAUCGUAGAAUCUUAUCGGAUAUCCACUGGUUUCCGGUUAAGAAGACAAUAUACUUAACGGAAAUAGAGCGAAAAGUGAUGCACGUCGUUAUUGAUCACGUAAGGCUAUAAGGGGUAAGAAAUUGAGAGAAAGUGAGGAAAGCCUCUCGUCUCCCCACGAGAGAUCGAUUUUUUAAAGAUCAUAUAGACGUAAUUUCAGUCAACGUUACGAUCGCCGUGAGGAGUCGGAUAAGCCGAGAGAUGAAGGUCCUUAUUACGAUACCGCCAUUACGAGCCGAGCGAGAAAUUCGCCCAACCCUCGAUGUUCGCCGUGGGGCCGGUUUUAAAGGCCUAUUAAAAGACGCAAGAACUCUAUCACAAGUCUUCACGGGUAUUAUAAAAUCCAGCUGAUGUGUACGGGUAACGAUGACUCCUCUCGACGCGUUCAUCGCGAGAGUAUCGCGCGAUUUCCGCCAUUUCGUUAAUUACAACUUUGACGAAGUUAAAACGCGAAAAAGGCGCUGUGUUCUCAGCCCUGCCGGUUUUUCCGCGUGUUUUUCACGUCAUAAGAGACUUUUACGGAUAACGAUUUUUCAUUUUGCUAAUUACAUUAAUUCGCUUUUACUCGCGUCGAGUGGUAAUUACUCCCACGCCCUUGCGAUGUUCUAUAAAUUAAUCGAGUAAAAAGUUCGCACUCUCGCGCGUACCGCGAACAGAUUCGCGCAUAAAUGGAAACUGAAACAUUUGUCCUCAUUUGUACAGAACGCGUGAAAUGUAUCAAUAAUUACUCAAUUAUAGGUUUAUAAUGGUGAAGGGGAGAACGAUAAAGGUAGAAGCGUUAUACUGGAGAAGUGAACGGAUGUAAAACGCAUCGAGCAAAAACAACGCGAGUAACCGUGAAUUAAUGACAGUGUAAAAAUUACUUCGAACUAUCCGAUUGUUUUUCGCGGACUGAAGUCUCUCGGAUCUGUUUUGAUAAUUGCAACUUGCAAUUUGUUUCAUAUGAGAUGCUCAUAUUCAAGUUUCGAAUUAGAUGUGAACUCUUCAAUUGAAUCACGAUCACAAAUAUAUCACGCACGUCAAACACAUACGAUUCAAUGGAAAAUCUUAGAUCUAACUCUAAAUUCCGAUUUGAGCAUCUCACGUAGAACACUUUUCGAAUAACAUUCAACCUUAUAUUUAAGAUCAGACUGUGGAUACCGUUCUCUUUCAUACUUUAUCAAAUGGGAGCCCGAUGCUCUGCCAUUAAGUAUAUGCAUGUAAUCAAUACAUCGUGCAAAUUGACAGUCGCCGUCGUAGAUGUCACGCACUCAACGCACGUUCGAUCCUCACCGAACGACGGGAGCGGAUAUCACAAAGUACCAAGUCCGUGUCAGUCGCGAUUUUAAUAAUAUUACCAAGAUUUCCAGAUAUCAUGUUCAUGCCGGUGGCGGUUUACAGACAUUGGCCAAUUUUAGAUCCGACGACUUUAGUGCCGAUUUUUCACGGCCGCGUGCUUUCUAUCUUUCAAAAUGCGCUCGAUAUAAUCGAUAGGAGAAAAAAAUUAAUAUGCGGCGGGCGGUCGAUCGAUCGGCGCCGUCUGGCGCCUUUGAUCGCCGGCACUUUUGGAUUACACAUAAGUCACGCAGGACGCGAGGCUGAAUGCGGCGGAAUGCAAAUGCGCGCAUUGUCGUGAAACGGGGUCGCGCGAGAUUUAAUCGCGAGAACAGCGUGGAUUUAAACGUGUACGAGAGGCGCGUCGCCUCGCCCUUCAUACGAGUUACCGCCUAGCUGUUUGGAACUAUGGCGGUUCUUACGCCCCAUAUAAAAAUUCCAAGAAAGAAAGAGAAAAUAGAAAGAGAUACUCGUUGUCCUCAUCGCGAUUCGGAAAAUUCGUUUUCGAAAAUUUCACACGAAAGCGUGAAUAUGUAGACACGCGUUUCGACUCGGAUUGACCACACGUACAGUACAGCGAUUGACAUUUUAAUCAAACGACCGUGGAGCUUGACGUUUCGUGUUAUUUUGUGUUGUUGCAACGCGUAAACUGCCGUGGUGGUUAUCAUUGGUCGCGGCGAUACGACACUAAAAUGUCCUGUUAAUUUACGUAAAAAAUAUAAUCGGAUAUGUUUGCAGAGUUACACGCACCGGCGAUGAAAAGUUGUUUAAACAAAAUGACAAAUGUAUAAUCGUCAAAAAUUAUAAUUGAGGCUGUUCUCUUGCUCUCGACGUGAUUUUUUUAUUUUGCAAGAAUGAUGUAAAUUUAAUUAACACAUUGAAAUGCCACGGUAAUCACCGGUGGCCAGCAUUAUGAUGCUACCGCGUCUCAUCAAGUUAUAUAUAAUUAAUUGUAUUUAAAAGUUUGCUCAUGUAUGAAGAACUGAUAAAACGCGAGUUAAAAGAUUUAUAAAUUUCGAAUUACGUUGAUUUAUCGUAUCUUGAUUAAUUUUAAUCAUCGGUUCCAGCUUUUGUACAAUCGACGGGUAUCGAUACAAAAUCAAAAUAUUAAAAUGAUAACAGAGAUGAUUUUUUGCAGAGAUUUACUGAUAAUGUGUGGCAAGUGGCGCGUAUUGUUUAUAGAAAUAUUCUUGAUCCGAAAUAUUUUUAAAGGAAAGAAAGAGAGA